AUGAACAUAUUCAGGCUAGUAUACGCGCCCUUCGGCAAGCGCCUAGGUAUUAAGGACACAAGACCUAGGAAGGCACCGAACAACCCCAAACUAGAAGCAGCGUAUAGGGCAUCACCUAAACUUAAGCAGCCAUGUGGCCUCGCCAAGCAGCUGGACAUGACGGAACGGCAGGUGGAGCGCUGGUGGAGGCUCCGGCGCUCGCAGGACAAGCCCUCGACUCUAGUCAAGUUCUGCGAGAACGUGUGGAAAUUCACCUUCCACACUGGAAAUUUUCUAUUUGGCCUGUUCAUACUCUGGGAUAAAGAGUGGCUCUGGAAUAUCGACCACUGCUACAUCGGAUACCCGCACCAGGGUGUAACCGACGAUGUGUGGUGGUACUAUAUGGUGUCAGCGGCUUUCUACUGGUCGCUGACCAUAUCCCAGUUCUGGGACGUGCGGCGAAAGGACUUUUGGCAGAUGUUCGUGCACCACAUCGCCACGGUGUCGCUGAUCUCUUUCAGCUGGGUGUGCAACUUGCACAGGAUCGGCACGCUUGUGCUGCUGCUACAUGACUGUGGCGAUGUUUUUGUUGAGGCGGUGAAAGCUUCAAAGUACGCAAACUACCAGAGAACCUGUGACGCGCUGUUCCUAUGCCUCAUCGUGGUCUGGAUCGGCACUCGGAUAUUCAUCUUCCCCUACUAUAUAUUGUGGAGCACAACGAUCCGCGCUCCGAUGCUGCUGCCGAUGUUCGCCGCGUACUACUUCUUCAACGCGCUGCUGUGUCUGCUGCUGUGCCUACACGUGGUGUGGACCUUCCUCAUCUUGCAGAUCGCCUACAACACCAUACAAGCCGGCAUGAUGGAGGGUGACAUAAGAAGUUCCAGUGAAAUCAGUGACAGCCCUGAGAAUUCCAAUCACAGUACAUCGAAUUGCGUCAACAAUAAGAAAAACACUUAA